AGAAUAUUCAAAAUGGCGUCAUCUAAUAACAAAAAAAUGGCGGGCAACAUGAAUUCGCUUUACUGCACAUAUUUAAAAUUUUAGCAAUGUACACACUAGUGAAUCGAGACGAGGAGAGUUCAGUGUAUAAUUUUGUUAAAAACCUGUUAUUAGAAGGAUCAUCGGAGAAGACGAAAUGGAGAGAAGUUCAUCAAGAUUUCGAACGGUUCAACUUGAUGUUUGGAGAGAGGAAAAGGAAAGGACUAGAUUAUACAAGGCUGGGUAUUUACAUUUGUAUUAAAGAUCAUGUAAAUAUGUUUAUGUAAAGAUCAGACCAAUUCCUUCAUGUCGUUUUACGAUGCACAUGGUUGAAAAGGAUUUGUGGCACAGAAUUGUGCUGAAGAAAUGUAAAAUGGUUUCUGUGUUUACAUCAGGCUAUGUAAACACGGAAACUAUGUUACAUUUCUUUUAUAAAAUAACUAAUGAAAGAGGAACGAAAACCGUGUUUACAUACGCUCAUAUAAAUAAAUGGUUUUAUGGCCAAUCAGAGCGCGCGUACUAUUUGAAUUAUUUUAUAAAACAUAAUGUUACACCACAUAUUGAGUUGCAAUUGGUCUUUUAGAGAAAUAUAGACCGUGCAGAAUUGAAGCAUCUUCUUACCUAGAUCUGACAAGGUUAUAAUGAAACACAAAGGCAAUAAACAAGGGGAUAGAAAUGUUCACAUAGGCUUGUUUUGAUUUUGGUUUGUAGGUCAUGUUCCAGGGCUGUGUCAAGCAGUCAAUUACUACAGAGGUUCUGAAAAUCUUCUCUGUAAAAAGGUACCUUUAGUGAAGUAAGUGGAUUAAGUUGGAUGAUAUUGCAUUUGAACAAAUGAAAGGUGAUAUCAUGCAGUUUUUACAAGGAGUGCCAUUUGCUCAGUAUUUUGGCUUUAGUAAUCAACUUUGUAACAGUGACUUUGUUGAAUUCACUAAAAACACUUUGAUUAAUCAAAAGAAUUCCCCAUGUGUGUAAAUUCCUUGAAAAAAGUAGGCUCUACUGGCUGUAAUGUAAAAGUAAAUUGCAAUUUUUUUCCUUUAGGUAUGUUAGAUCAAUAACACAGAGUGAGGCUGAAACUUAUCAAUGGAUUCCUGUUUCCUUUAUCAUUUUACCUGCACAACUUAAAUCAAAAUCUGACUCAAGAAUGAAUAAAAGUGCAAAAUAUGUGGAUGAAAGAGAGAAGCUUGAAGCAUUUGCCAACAGCCUUAAGGAGAAAGUCUGGAUUGCAAAAUCUUCAUCUGGAGCUAAAGGUGACAUUGUUGUUGCCUAGACUUUUUUAAACAAGUGGAGUUAUAUAUAGCUAAUUACAGGUAGUUAAAGGAGGAGGAGAACCAACACUCAAGUCAAACUGUAUAAAAAUUUUUCAUUUCAUUUUUCUCAGGUUGUUUUCUAGUAACUCCAAUGUAAUGUAAACAGUCCCUCUUUUCUGAUGUUUACCUGGCAAGUGAAUUCUCAAUGUUCAGAUCAAGUAUUGAAGCUACCUCUAGGAAAUAUUAAAAUAUUAUUUUAAGCCCUUCAGUAGAUCUUAACAUAAAGAUUCUAACAAAAUGUUUCAUCAGAGAUCAAGUGCCGAAGGAAUCAGAUUUAAUAUGAAUCUUAUACUUCUAUAUGGUCAUAAACUAGGGAAGGACAUUUUCAUUUCUAAUGACAUAGAAGAAAUUGUGGCUUUUGUUGAUGAGCAGACGCAAGGAUUUGUGGUACAGAAGUACAUUGAAAACCCUUUGCUGCUGGAUAAAAACAGAAAAUUUGAUAUAAGGUCAGUGCUGAAACAUUUUUUUAUUCCAUCUUUCACUUAGUGGCACAUUGUAAGUCUGUGUAAAGAACAGAGAUGUUAGGUGUCAUCUUCGGAGACUCAUCAUUAUCUUUCACAUUAAUGGAAGAUUUCUUACAGAGUUUCAUUGAUUACUCUUCACUCAGAAACAUCAAAUGAAUGCAAAGGAUGAUGCACAGUCAUAUUCAUUUGAAUAUCUCUCCCACAAUGUUUAAGUGGAUCAAUUGAAAUCAACCGAUCAAUAAAAUUGCACAGAAUAACAAUAACAAUUAUAUUUCAAGAUCUUUAAAUUUUUUUUUUUUUACUAACUUUCAGGUGCUGGGUCCUCCUGGAUCAUACAUACACCAUUUAUAUUUUCUCAGAAGGAGUCCUAAGAACCUCAUCUGAACCAUAUGAUGUUGAUAACUUAAAAAAUAUCACUAGUCAUCUGACAAAUCAUUGUAUACAGGUGAAUAAUGUGUACUUAUUGACUGAGUAGGAGGGCUGGAUGUAAGUUUAGACUGACUGCAUGACCAAGAACCAAAUGUUUCCCCUUCAGCUUAGCCCAACUCAGUCUAUAAGGAUUUGAUUAUAUGACCUUCAAUCUUUCUUUUUCCUUCAUUCUCCUCUUCCUUCCUUUCUCCAUUCUUUCUUUCAUGGGCAUUUUAGCAUUUUUCCACAUAACACAAGUUUCUUGGACCAGGUCAACUUUUUCUGUCUCUGCCUUCAGUUUUAGUAUCAUUUUAGUCCAGUUUUCUAUAUUUGUGGUGUAUCUGACAAGGCAAACCUGAGUUAAAAAAAAAACCCUUCAAUAGCCAUCAGUGUUGCUCAUAAGGAUAAUUUGCAGGCACAGACUACUCCACUUAACACUACUUGGUAUUUUUAGGCUGUCUUCCUCUCAAAAAGUUAAAUCCAAUCCUCUGCAGUGUUAGUUAUUUAUUCUCAGGAGGAAUACUCUGGUAAUUUCGGACUGUAUGAAGAAGGAAAUGAAAUGUUCUAUGGUGAAUUUUCAAGGUAAGAACCUUUUGUGUUAAUAAUCAGAGGUAUCUGUUGGGUUUUAUAUAAUAAGCUCAAUUAUGCAAGCAUUCUGAUUGGUUCUUACUUCUGACGUAUUGGAGGACAGACAAAUAGAUGAUGUCAUCAUUAAAACUUUUUUUCCAUAUAUUUUAAUUCUUUAUUGUGUAAAACAAAUAGAUUCCAAGUUGCUGUGUGUCUGUUCAGUAAUAGAUCACAGAUGAUGUCAAAAUGUGAUAAGAACAUCAGUGACACACUCAGCUGCGCCUCGUGUGCCAUUUUUUUGUUCUUACCCCAUUUUGAUGUCAUCUGUGAUUUAUGACUGAACAGAUGCAUGGCAAUUUGGAAUCUAUUUGUUAAAUAGAUUUAAGAUACCAAAAAAUAAUAAUAAUGCUAAAUAAAUAAGAGUAAAUUGCAAUUGUAUUGGUGCAACAUGCACUUGCUGUCUUACUAAUUUUUGAAAACUGUAAUUUGUUUCUGGUAAACACCUUCAUUUCUGCUCACUUGAUAAGUGUAUAAAUGUCAUUUGCUAGAAGCAUAUUUUAGGUCAUAUUUUUAAGGUCUUAGGACUCAACCUUACUAAUUAUUGCCAUUAUGUUCUAUGUAUAUAGGUAUCUAGAGGAAACUUUUGGUGUUUCUCUUGCUACGACAAUCUUACCUCAGAUUAAUUCCAUUGUUAAGAAAUGCCUGCUUGGGCUCAAAGAGGUGAGAAUUCUUGAUAGUACGACAAUGCUUGUUGUGAUUUCUGCCUCAGUCAGUGUAAAAGUGAGCUACAUCUUAAAUGUUAAAUAAAGACAAUAGACAUUGUGAUUGUCAAGUGUUGUGAUUGCCAAUUAUAAAAGGGUUACCUGGUUCAUAAUGAAAAUGUGUUCUUGAAUUGUCAUGGUAAAGUAAACCAACAUUUAAAUGAGCUGAGGUGUGAAAUGUCAGCCCUUGGUGGGACAAAAGGAGUUUAAAUGACUGUGAAUAUAUGAAAGUCAUAGAUUUGAACUGUGGAUAAAGAUAUGGAUAUGAAAGUGAUCUUCUCAGUUAUGAGCACUUCUUAGGCAGUAGUGAAAAGAAGGCCUGAAAAAAAAAUUUCAGGCCUGUACAGGAUUUGAACCCAUGACCUCUGCAAUACUGGUGCAGUUCUCUACCAACUGAGCUAACAAAUCCCAUACAGGCCUGAAUUUUUUUUUUUUUUUUUUUUUCAGGCCUUCUUUUCACUUCUGCUUAAGUAGUGUUCAUGACUGUGAAGAUCACUUUCAUAUCCACAAAAGGAGUUUAGACAGGUAUAAAACAGGUUAUUUUUGGCUAGGUAAAUUUGAAUUGAAUUUGAUUGAAUUUGAAAUCCUCAUUGUGGUUAUUUAUCAAUAGAACUUGAAACCAAAUCUUGAAAUGCUAGUAUUCUGAGCCUUGACUUCUGUUUAGAGCUGAAUUAUUAAUCAAACAAACUUAUUAAAAGUAACAUUGUAUUAAAUAUUCAGGAAUUGACUACGGAAGGUUUGAGUUAUCACAGUUUUCAACUCUUUGGGUUUGACUUCAUGAUUGAUGCCCAGUUUCAUGUCUGGCUCCUGGAAGUAAAUGGGGCUCCUGCUUGUGCAAAGUAAGUACCAUUUGUUGUAGGAAGUGUUCAUUACAUAUAAAAUUGCCAAAGGUGUGGUUUGAUCCUCUAUGUGAGGUAGAUCCUGAUAAGGACAAUUGUCAGUGAAAACUAUUCCCAACAACAGCUAUUUUCAGGGACAGAACUCACAAGGAUGAUUGCACUUCCUGAUCAAUUUGAUCAUUGUGUGUGCAGGGCAAUUUUUCCCAGCAACUCAUAAACUGCAACUACUUUGCAAAUUACUCAACUAUGCGAAUCUUACAAUUUAGAUUUGCUAAAACGUGCGACCCUGAAGAGUCUCCCGGGAAAAAAAUAUUUUCAAGGCCACAUGACUUAAGGCGCCUGGAGAUUCGCAACUGAACGGUGCCUCCAAUUGCAUAUAUCCUGUGCGCUUGUUAACAAGAAAUUUCACGGCUUAAUAUCAACAGCAAGUACGGAUUUAGAUGUUUAAAUAAUAAAAAUGUAAUACUUGGUUGAAUAUCGCAUAAUUUUUCAAUGCUAACUGAAGGUUUAAGCACAUGGAUAACUAUCUUGGUAUGGCGCUUUAGCUUGAUCAGAGUAUUUCUGGAAACUGGACUCCUCUUCUGUGAUAUUUUAGGGCAUUAUUACCAGACCUAGCUCAAGACCUUGUGAGAAAAGCCAUAGACCCUCUCUUUCCAAGAGAUUCUAGAAACGACGAGCCUUUUGAGAGUGAUUCGUCAGAGAGCAAGACUCAAGAUACGACAAAGGGACACUUUGUGAUCAUUUGAAAAACAUUUCGAUGUAACCUCACGCCUGAAUCCUGCUUCUGCCGUACAGAACAUCCAACGAUCACACUCGUUGAUUUUACUCACCAACUGUGUGAAACACCACAGAGAAGGAAACUCAUGAGUUUGCCUCGAGAUGCUGAUCGUCUAGCUUAAGAGGGCAAAUUGCGGGUUUCAGCCCCACAUCGGUUUCUGAAAACGAAACUUUAAUGUGUAACAUUAAGGGCUGCAAGCUACGAAAUAAAAAGAAAGGCCGUAUCGGC